CCUCCGGCGGCGACUGGCGCGGGGGGUCUAGAGGGCGUCGCUGCCUGCGCGGAGAGGACACCGGGGCUGGAGGCGUCCGUUGUGCGGGCGGGGCGUCCCCCUGCUGCAGCCCCGGACAAGCUCUUCUUCAUCAAAGGUGGACUAUUUCUAGGUACUGUUGCUACUGCAGGAAUGAUAGCUGGUUUUGGUACAACACUUGCUAUGGCUAAAAAGAAAAAUCCCAACUGGUUCAAUAAGGGUAUCACUGCCACAGCUGCAUUACCAGAGAAUGGCUCAUCGCUGGCCUUACGAGCCUUGGGAUGGGGGUCACUGUAUGCCUGGUGUGGAGUUGGGCUGAUUAGUUUUGCCAUCUGGAAGGCUUUGGGAGUUCACAGUAUGAAAGAAUUUCGCAUUAAAAUGCAAUCAGUAUUUCCAGCGAUUCCUAAAAGUGCAGAGCAGUCAGUCGAAUGGGAAGACUUACUGAAAUCCAAAUGAAAGGAGAAGAAAGGAUUCAGAAUCAGAAGGACUGCAGAACUUGUGGAAAAAUCCCAUCUAAAAAAAUAAGAACGAAAAUCAGACUGAUUUGAAUGCAUGGAAGUGAGCAAAUUAGUGAUUGCAGUUGGUAAGCAUGGGGACAGAAGUUAUUAUUUUAACAGCAAGAAAACUUACGUUUUUGCUGAUAGUUUUUCAGCAUUGUCAUUAGAGUUGAAUUGUGGAGAAAAGAACCUUACAGGAUAACUCGGGCUGAACUAGAAAGAAGACUAUAGCUGUAUGAAAACAUGAUUCAGGAAAACAAAACAAAAAUAAAACAUGAAACUGGUCUUAAGUAGAUAUUUACCAUAAAAUAUAGUUGCAGCUCUUAACCUCUCUUUCUUCUUUGAGAAAAUUCUAGGUGGUUUGGAAAAUAAGGAACAACAGUAAUUUCACUGACAUUGACCUGUCUUAUUAGGAAUCAUGGUGGCUGAGUCCAUCACAUUAGAUCAGUUAAUAUAGUAUGCAGGAAAGGCAUGUAAUGAGUUACUCAGUUAUUGAGGACAAAGGAGAUGUCUGAACAUCACCUAUGAGGGAGGGCUGAAAACAUCCAACAUACUAGGGAUGUGCAGGAAAGACCUAUCUGCUUUUCUCUAUAAAGUGAAGGAUAGUCUUUCUAUAAAAUGCACUUCUGACCCAUUGGCUAUUUUUUGGGGAUGCUGUAACAGUGGGGUCUGAUAGCUUGUACAAGAACCUUUCAUGAAAAUUAAAAUCCUAUAAAAUAGUGCAACAUCUGGUCUGCCCUACGCCACAAACACUUUUCAGCUAAGAAACCACGUGGGCAGGUAUAGUUUUCAGUAUUUGUAUGGUUCCUAUGGCUCUGCUACCUGGUGAGUCCUAAGUAAUGUGUCAUUUUUCACGCUGAAAUUAUCUCAUUGUGUGGGUGUAAGCAAAGGAAGAAAAAAUGUCUAAUUCAAAUGUAUUUGCAGAAAUGUAGAUUUAAAACAGUUGUAAAAAUAUUUUAAUAUGUAAAUUCUUCCAGUGAAACAAUCUCAUGCUGAAUGCUCAAUUAUCAGAUUUUUUAAAUUAAUUGCUCAAAGUCCAAUUAGUCAGCCAUUAAGUUUAAUAAAGUGUUCUUGAAGUAUAGCCUUUGUGUUUAAACCUUUUCAUUUUGAGGAAAGAAUAUUUUUUCAAAAAUCUUAAAGGUCAAAUGAAUCAUAGAGUAGCAGGGUUUCUUGCUGUAAUAUACCACAAGGAUAUUAUCUUUGAAGCAACUGAAGUGUAAUAAUUGACAUAAUUUAAAUAGUUUAUCCCAUGCUGUGCAGUAUUAAACAAAUCAUGGUGAAUCUAUUCUUUAGCACACAAAGAUGGCAUUCUUUCAGAAUAUGGCGUCUUGGUGCUGAGUUGCCAAGAUUUAACAAAAUGGAUGCGCCAUUUGCAAAGCCAAAGACAGUCACGUUCUUAAGAUGGCUACGCUCUGGCUAAAGUACAUUCUUGCUCUUGCUUCCACACAGCUAAUGACAUUCUUAGGAAUAGCUCAUAUGUGCUAGCACCUCUAAAAGGACCGGAUUCUAUCACACUUAAGAAUCACCUACACUAGAUUGAUUUCUUUGGUGUUUCUAAAUUCCAUAGCAGUUACUAAUUUUCUCUUUCUAAGCCCCUACGAGUAACCACUGUUAUUCUAAAGCCUGGUCUACGCUUUAGAGUUAGGUCAACACAAGCUUCCUUGUGUCUAUUUAGCUGUGAACUGCUUUCACUUAAAUUUGACUUCCACAGACAUAAGUGCCUCUCUAGUCCAAUUUAGGUCUUGUCUACACUUCCACAGGCUGGUGAUCUAAGUUAUGCAAUUUCAGCUAUAUGAAUAACAAAGCUAAAAUUGUUGUACUUAGUUCUGUUUACCAGGGUGUAACAUUCUCCCAUUGACUCUGCUUGCUUUUCACAUUCUGGUGGAGUACCAGAGUGGAUGGGAGAGCACUCAGCGGUCAAUUUAUCACCUCUUUAGUAGAGAAGAUAAAUUGACCCUCCCCCACUGGAUCGAUUGCUGCCUGUCGAUCCAGCCAUGUUACUGACUGCCCAUGGCCAUGGGGCAGAAAGACUAAGAAAAGAGGUACCUUGCCACAGUACCUAAUGGUGUAAAAACAAACAAGAAGUCCUUUGAGUCUCUCAGAAUCAGGAAGCCUGUACAAGAAUUGGUGGAUCUGGUAGCUCAUUGCUUUCCCACUUUUAAAAAAGUUAUUUGCUUUAGACUACUCUCUGUAUCAAAACCAUAGUCAGGAUGG